CCGCUGUGGCGGCGGAGCGCGUCCCGCCGGAAGCGCCGGGGCCGGGCCGGAGGCGGGAGGCGGCGCCCGGCCCGUGGGGCGGGAGCGGAGGAUGGAGAAGCUGCGGAGGCUGUGGAGGGGCCGCACGAUGACCUUCGGGGUGCCCCUGCUGCUCUAUCUCAUUGGAGGAUCUUUUGGACUCCGUGAAUUUGCUCAGAUAAGAUAUGAUGCUCACAAACUACAUGGCAAGGUUGAUCCAGCUUUGAAAGAAAAAUUAAAAAAGAACCCUGUGACACUGGAAUCUGAAUAUGAGAAGCUGGAUAAAUCUAACCUGGAUAACUGGGAGAACAUCAGAGGACCCAGUCUGUGGGAAGAUUCCAGGACGGUUCAGAAACAACGGCGGGAGGCUCUCCGUCUCAAGACAGAGUGACUGAGCAAGCCUCCUUUGGUGCCUCUGAAAAAAAAAGUCUCAGGCUGGACUGUCUUAAUUUUUAACCCAGUGUCAGGAACAGACAUGGGAGCAUUUGCACUGAACAAUUCAGCUGGUGUAUAUAUAAGUAACAGUGAACUCAGUCCAAACAGCACUGUAUUAUAUGAAGGUCUUUGUUUGCAUCCAUUUGUGUACAGUACCACAGGCUGUAUAUGUGAAUUUUCAAUUAAAAAAAGCUGAUUAUUCUACUGAGAAUA